GCCCUCCGCGGCCUCGCGCCCGCCGUCGCCGCCGCAGCCGCCGCCGGACAGCCGCCGCCGGACAGCAGCCGGAGGAUGCGACGCAGCCUCAGGACGUGGUUUGACAUUGACGACGAAACGGUAUGAAAUCGGAUGGUCUGACGGGAAUCAUUUUCAGAGUUCUAAGAACCAAAGCAUCUAGGCUGGAUGGAAUUGAGCAUCAGAAAAAGUCCUCUUUCUGUUCAGAAAGUUGUAAAGUGCAUGAAGAUGAAGCAGGCACCAGAAAUCCUUGGCAGUGCAAAUGGAAAGACUCAGAACUGUGAAGUGAAUCACGAAUGUUCUGUAUUCCUCAGCAAAGCUCAACUUUCUAACAGCUUACAGGAGGGGGUCAUGCAGAAAUUUAAUGGCCAUGAUGCGCUCCCCUUUCUUCCAGCAGAGAAGUUGAAAGAUCUUACUUCUUGUGUUUUUAAUGGAGAACCUGGUGCUCAUGAUACUAAAUUGUGUUUUGAGGCCCAGGAAGUAAAAGGAAUUGGGACACCACCCAAUACUACUCCUAUCAAAAAUGGUUCUCCAGAAAUUAAACUGAAAAUCACCAAAACAUACAUGAAUGGGAAACCUCUCUUUGAAUCUUCAAUUUGUGGUGACGGUGCUGCUGAUGUGUCUCAGUCAGAAGAAAAUGAACAAAAAUCUGAUAAUAAGACUAGGAGGAACAGGAAGAGGAGCAUAAAAUAUGACUCUUUACUGGAGCAGGGCCUUGUGGAAGCAGCUUUAGUGUCCAAGAUCUCAAGUCCUGCAGAUAAAAAGAUUCCAGUAAAGAAGGAGUCCUGUCCAAAUACUGGCCGAGACAGAGACCUCUUGUUAAAAUACAACGUUGGUGAUUUGGUGUGGUCCAAAGUUUCAGGUUACCCUUGGUGGCCUUGCAUGGUUUCUGCUGACCCACUCCUUCACAAUCAUACCAAACUUAAAGGUCAGAAAAAAAGUGCACGCCAAUAUCAUGUACAAUUCUUUGGUGAUGCCCCAGAAAGAGCUUGGAUAUUUGAGAAGAGCCUUGUUGCUUUUGAAGGAGAAGAACAAUUUGAAAAAUUAUGCCAAGAAAGUGCCAAGCAGGCACCCACGAAAGCUGAGAAAAUCAAGUUGUUGAAACCUAUUUCGGGGAGAUUGAGAGCCCAGUGGGAAAUGGGCAUUGUCCAAGCUGAGGAAGCUGCCAGCAUGUCAAUAGAGGAGAGGAAAGCCAAAUUUACCUUCCUUUAUGUGGGGGACCAACUGCACCUCAACCCUCAAGUAGCUAAGGAGGCUGGCAUUGUUACAGAACCUUUGGGAAAAAUGGUGGACUCUUCAGGGGCCAGUGAAGAGGCUGCUGUAGACCCUGGGUCUGUGAGAGAAGAGGAUAUUCCCAUGAAGAGAAGGCGAAGAGCCAAAAGGUCUAGUUCUGCUGAGAACCAAGAAGGUGACCCUGGCACAGAAAAGAGUACACCUCCAAAGAUGGCAGAGGCUGAACCUAAGCGAGGAGUGGGCUCUCCUGCCGGGAGGAAAAAGUCCACAGGCUCUGCUCCUCGGAGCAGGAAGGGAGACUCAGCAGCACAGUUUUUAGUCUUUUGUCAAAAACACAGAGAUGAGGUUGUAGCUGAACACCCAGAUGCCUCAGGGGAGGAGAUUGAAGAAUUGCUUGGGUCCCAAUGGAGCAUGCUCAAUGAAAAGCAGAAAGCACGAUAUAAUACAAAGUUUUCCCUAAUGAUCUCUGCCCAGUCUGAAGAAGACUCUGGAAAUAUGAAUGGGAAAAAAAGAACCCACACAAAGAGAACAGAUGACCCUCCAGAGGAUGUGGAUGUUGAAGAUGCCCCCAGGAAAAGACUUAGGACAGAUAAGCAUAGUCUUCGGAAGAGAGAGACAAUCACCGACAAAAUGGCCAGAACAAGCUCUUACAAGGCUAUGGAGGCAGCCUCCUCACUCAAGAGCCAGGCAGCAACGAAAAAUUUGUCUGAUGCUUGCAAACCACUGAAGAAGCGAAAUCGGGCUUCUGCAACAGCGUCUUCAGCACUUGGGUUUAACAAAAGUUCAUCUCCUUCUGCAUCCUUAACUGAGCAUGAGGUCUCAGACAGCCCAGGAGAUGAACCAUCAGAGUCUCCAUAUGAAAGUGCAGAUGAAACACAGACUGAAGCAUCCGUCUCAUCUAAAAAAUCUGAAAGAGGAAUGGCUGCCAAAAAGGAGUACGUGUGUCAGCUAUGUGAGAAGACAGGCAGUCUCUUACUGUGUGAGGGCCCCUGUUGUGGAGCAUUCCACCUAGCCUGCCUUGGACUUUCCAGAAGACCAGAAGGAAAAUUCACCUGUACCGAAUGUGCCUCAGGAAUUCACUCAUGUUUUGUAUGUAAAGAAAGCAAGAUGGAGGUGAAACGCUGUGUGGUAAAUCAGUGUGGAAAGUUUUACCAUGAAGACUGUGUAAAAAAAUACCCUCUCACUGUGUUUGAGAGCCGAGGCUUCCGCUGUCCUCUCCACAGCUGUAUGAGCUGCCAUGCCUCAAACCCUUCAAAUCCACGGCCAUCAAAAGGUAAAAUGAUGCGAUGUGUCCGAUGCCCUGUUGCCUAUCAUGGAGGGGAUGCCUGUCUGGCAGCAGGAUGUUGGGUGAUUGCUUCUAACAGCAUAAUCUGCACAGGCCACUUCACUGCCCGGAAGGGGAAGCGGCACCACACCCAUGUCAAUGUGAGCUGGUGCUUUGUGUGCUCUAAAGGGGGAAGCCUUCUGUGCUGUGAGGCCUGCCCAGCAGCCUUUCACCCUGAUUGUUUAAACAUCGAGAUGCCCGAUGGCAGCUGGUUCUGCAACGACUGCCGGGCUGGAAAGAAGCUCCACUUUCAAGACAUCAUCUGGGUCAAACUUGGCAACUACAGAUGGUGGCCGGCAGAAGUUUGCCAUCCCAAAAAUGUUCCCCCAAAUAUUCAGAAAAUGAAGCACGAGAUUGGAGAAUUCCCUGUGUUUUUCUUUGGGUCUAAAGAUUAUUACUGGACUCAUCAGGCACGAGUGUUCCCAUACAUGGAGGGGGACCGGGGCAGCCGCUACCAGGGGGUCAGAGGGAUCGGAAGAGUCUUCAAGAACGCAUUGCAAGAAGCUGAAGCUCGUUUUAAUGAAGUCAAACUUCAGCGGGAAGCCCGAGAAACACAGGAGAGUGAGAGAAAGCCUCCACCAUACAAGCAUAUCAAGGUGAAUAAACCUUAUGGUAAAGUCCAGAUCUACACAGCUGACAUUUCUGAAAUCCCAAAGUGCAACUGUAAGCCCACGGAUGAGAACCCCUGUGGCUCUGAUUCGGAGUGUCUAAACAGGAUGCUAAUGUUUGAGUGCCACCCGCAGGUGUGUCCUGCAGGGGAAUACUGCCAGAACCAGUGUUUCACUAAGCGCCAGUACCCUGAGACCAAGAUCAUCAAGACAGAUGGCAAAGGGUGGGGCCUGGUUGCCAAAAGGGACAUCAGAAAAGGAGAAUUUGUUAAUGAGUAUGUUGGUGAGCUGAUUGAUGAAGAGGAGUGUAUGGCAAGAAUCAAAUAUGCACAUGAGAAUGACAUCACUCACUUUUACAUGCUCACCAUAGACAAGGACCGCAUAAUUGAUGCUGGCCCCAAAGGAAAUUAUUCACGAUUCAUGAACCAUAGCUGCCAGCCCAACUGUGAGACCCUGAAGUGGACAGUGAAUGGGGACACACGGGUUGGCCUGUUUGCUGUGUGUGACAUUCCUGCAGGGACAGAGCUGACUUUCAACUAUAACCUUGAUUGUUUGGGCAAUGAAAAGACAGUCUGUCGUUGUGGAGCCUCCAACUGUAGUGGGUUCCUUGGAGACAGACCAAAGACAUCAACAUCCCUUUCAUCAGAGGAAAAGGGUAAAAAGGCCAAGAAGAAAACCAGAAGGCGCAGAGCCAAGGGUGAAGGAAAACGGCAAUCAGAGGAUGAGUGCUUCCGCUGUGGUGAUGGUGGACAGCUGGUGCUGUGUGACCGAAAGUUCUGUACCAAGGCCUACCACCUAUCCUGCCUGGGUUUGGGCAAGCGGCCCUUUGGGAAGUGGGAAUGCCCUUGGCAUCACUGUGAUGUAUGUGGCAAACCUUCUACCUCAUUUUGCCACCUCUGCCCCAACUCAUUCUGUAAGGAACACCAAGAUGGGACUGCUUUCCGUUCCACCCAGGAUGGGCAGUCCUACUGCUGUGAGCAUGACCUGAGGGCAGACCCUGCAAGUAGCACCAAGACUGAGAAACCCUUUCCAGAAUCACUGAAGUCGAAGGGAAAGAGGAAGAAAAGGCGGUGUUGGCGAAGGGUCACAGACAGCAAAUAGCGCUUGGUCAGACCCUGGGGUGGUGUGGGGCAGCCAGCCCUGCAGACUGGGAAGGCAAGCACGCACCCACCCCGAGAACCCAGCUCCUAUCGCUGUGUGUAUAGGCCUGCUUGGGUGGAGGCAGCUCCUCCCACCACUGAGCCAUCCUCGGCAGCUGUGCUGCGUCUGCACUGAUGCCUGCCAGCUGCAGGCUUGGCAGUCCAGGAUAAACAAGCCUUACUAUGUGCAGCGUCACCUCUACACUUGAAUCUGAGACCCAGCAUCAAGGUGCCCUCCCAUUUCUAUUUUAGAUUAAAGUUAUGAUUGAAGAUGAACUGGCAUGUGAAAUGCUUUUAUCUUACCUGAAACAAAGAAUUUUCUAAAGGUCACCAUUAGCUCUUUCUUAAUGGUGCAGGCUUCUGAUCACAUACUGCCCACGUACUCAGGGCAGACUGGGCCUCCAGCCCUGGGCUCCUUCCCAUCAGGAUUGGUAAUUCUUCCGUUGUUUGAAACAGCCUAUGUUCUUUGUAUUAAUGUGAAUUUUUCCUCAAAGUGCUUUGUUUCCACUUUGAGUGGUUGUGGUGUUGUAAGAUUCCUCUCGUGGCUUCCCUGUUUGUGGACAUGACCAGUGACAGCAGUGUGGCCUGUGGAGCAGAGCAGCCGCCUUUGUUUUGCCUGUUUUUCUCUAAUGUCUUUUGAAAACCUUGUACAUUUUCAUCACUUGGUAUUUUCCUGACAUUUAUUCCCAACAUUCUUUUGCUAAAACACAUUAUUACCAGCUAAAAUGUAUCUGAGUUGUCUGGCAGAUACAAACUAUUGAGCACAGAGGGAGGUAACCACAGGAUCCAUCUGGGGUGGGGGGUGGAGGGGUGGUUCGGUACAAGACAGCCUGAAACCUAGGCUAAUGCUUUGUUUGGUGCAUGUUUGUGGAGCCUAAAGCUGGUUGCCCGUUCUCUCUCCCCCUGGUUUCAUGGUGGUGAAGUCUGAUGGUAUCUGUUUCCCUAUGAGAUUUAAGUGAUUUCUUUUAAAGGCCCAGCCCGAGGACUACUAGACUGUCUGUCCUUUGACUUGCUUCUGCCUUCUCAGGAGUGCAUCUUGGCCUUGGAGACCUCAUGCUUUCUUUCUAUUGGGAGGGAAGGCGCAUGCAAUGGAUCAACAAUGGAUGGCUUUGGAAAAACCACGAAGUUAAACUAGCCAUUAAGUCCCCAAGAUUUGCUACCCACUGCUGUCCUGCUGCCCUCUAGCCUUCUAGAACUGCAGUCUCCAUUCAAACCAGGACUGAGCAUUCUUAGUGGUCAGCAUCAGUCAGGACACCUGAAAGCCUAGCAUGUCGUGAGCACUGAUCAGAGCCCACCCCCUUGGCACUUCUAGAGUAGUCCCCCAAAAGUUGAAGCAGCUUUGCAGUCAGCCUGUUGCUUCCAUAGGCACAGGCCUAGUUACCUCUGGAGACGCCUAUUUGACCGGACGAGGUCAGGAACACUUUUCAGUUUAGAAUUUAAUCUGGCUCAAACUGCUCUAUAAAAAUACUAGAUUAGUUCAUAAAGUUGUUAUUUAUGGCCCCAGUUUGGAAGGAUGAUGUAGUGAUAGGCCACAUAGCCUCCUCAUAUGCACAUGGCCCCCAGGCUCCAUGGUGGGCCCAUCUUCUCCCAAAGCAUCCUUUCCUACCAGCUGAGUAGCUUCUGGGAAAGAGAAAAGCAGCAGAGCUAAUUUUGCAGUACACUUUGGGAACAAAUUAACUUUUUAAAAAGAAUCUUAAGUAAAAUCUUGGGAUUUUUGGUUCCAAAUUAUUUUAUAGUCUUUCUGAAGGAAAUUUUAUGGACAUUUUAGACAAUUUUCCCUUUCUAAAAAGUAUUACUAAAUAAUAACACUAACUCUAAAAACCAACCGAAGACUUAUUUACAAAUCUGGGGUAAUUGACCUUUCCAACGGGCCUAGGGCUGUGACUCUGGAUGUGGUAGGUGUCCUGAAUCUGAUGGAGAUGUUACUUUCUGAAUAUCAACUCCAGUUUCUUCCUUAAUGUGACAUAAACAAAUGAAAACUGCCCAUAUUCCAUACUACUCAGGAGCCUUGACAUCCCAAGCCAGGCAGGAGUUGUUCCCUAGUCAGCACACACCUGCGCACACUUCUGCAGCGUGGCAGCAGCCCGGGGAUACACAGCCAGUGUCCACAGUAGUACUGGUCUAUGAGAAUGUGGAACUACAGCACUUCAGACCUAGGCGCCUGGAGGGCAGUGCAUCUGUCAAGAGUGAUGAGGACCCUCCUGGCACUAGUAUGUAAGGAUUCCUUGGGUCUCAGGCAGGCACACUGAGGUUGGCAUUUCUGAGGACUUCCAAGUGAUACCUUAGCAUGAUGUGUGACGUGCCCAUCCUCCAGAGCUAAUUUUCAAGAGUUAAAAGAUAAAAAAUGUUUUAAUUAAGUUAAUGCAAACACCUAUCAGUUGCCAAAUAACUUCAUCUACAUGGAGUGUAGCUGAUGACUGUUAGUAGAAUAAAAUGCUGUGUCCAUGUGUAUCAUGGUGUCACUGUAUCCUGUUGAGAUGUGAAAUGCCCUAUCAGAAAUUAAAUAAGUUUAAAUGUGCCGAUUGGUGUCUAAACGUCAUACAAUAUAAAGUCAGGUUCCUUUUAGGAAGCUGGGUGCUGUCCCUAGGUCUGAUAGUGAAGGCUUAAAAACUUGAAGUUUGGGGGGANGGGGGAGUUAAUAAUGAAAUAAUAGAUGAGAAUUACCAGUUGGGGNAAAAUAGCAUUUAAAGUGGAAAGUUGUGUUUGGAAAACUGUAAUGAGUAUUUUUUUAUUAAAAAACUUUAAAAGGCC